CAGGGUUCAAAAGCCGCUGUCACUCCCAAGCGUCCUGAAGCCCAUGGCUUCUCGGAGGAGGGACUUCAGCCCAGCAGGCUUUAAGACGCCAGCAAAAGCGAGCGGGGCUGAGCUGAUGCCCAGGGCUGGGGAGGAGUCACCGGAGAACUACUGGGCGAACCAUGGAACCUCCCCGGGUAGUGCUGGUGAUGGGAGUGAGCGGCUCGGGAAACUGGGGUGGAAAUUCUAUGAUGCAGAUGACUACCAUCCUGAAGAAAACCGAAAAAAGAUGGGGAAAGGAAUACCACUGAAUGACCAGGAUAGGAUUCCAUGGCUUUGCCACUUACAUGACAUUUUAUUGAGAAACAUUUCCUCAGGUCAAAGUGUGGUCCUUGCCUGUUCUGCUUUGAAGAAAAUGUACAGAAACAUUUUAAUAAGAGGAGAAGGUGCUACAACUCAGGAGUAUGAUGAGCCAGGGGAAAAAGGAUUCCCAGAGCUGAAGCCCCUUGUGGUCUAUUUGAAUGGAUCUUUUGAAGUGAUUUCUGGGCGUUUAGCCAAAAGAAAGGGACAUUUUAUGCCACCAGAGUUGCUCCAGUCCCAGUUCGACACUCUGGAACCCCCAUCAGCACCAGAAAACUUUCUGUCACUUAAUGUGGACAGAAGUGUCUCAGAAAUGAUUUCUUUUAUUGUGGAUAAUAUAAAAAUUAAAUGAGGUCUCUUUUGGAGCAAUCAUCAGAUCUGAAUUAGACUUAAUCAUUUUGUCAAAUCUUCAUUAAGACAUUCCUACUUAUAAAACAUUUUCUCUACUAAAUGUCAUUCUCCAAUAUCCCGGAAGUUGGUUAUUUUCCCUUUCAAAAUAUCAGACUGUCAUGGGUCUCCAGCAAGGAGACUUCUUUCCUCCUAUGCCCCUGCCCCUUGCCCCACCAGCCACUGGGAGGUCUCUGCCCCCUUCCCCUGCUCCCUCAAGCUGCCCACAGGGACUAGUACUGAUGGAGAGCAGAAACUGUAGAGAGGGAAGAAACCCAUUUGAUCUCAUUUCCUUGCUGCUCCAGCCCAUAGCCCUCUCUCUGUCCCUGGUCAUAGCUGAAGGCUUUAACUUUGCACACUUUGGGGCCACGGUGUUGUUGUGUAUUAAAUAAGCUGAAUAAAACAAGCAAAGACUCCAAGAUAAAUAUAUAUAUAUAUAUAUAUAUACACACACACACAUACAUAUAUCAGAAUUGUUUCCCAAAGUACUUUCUCUCGAAACCUGAUAAUGAAUCCUCCCUUGUAACAUAGCAGGUGAAACCCAACCAACAACGACUGCAUCGGAAAAUACAUGUAACAUUACAUUAACUUAUAGCUCUCCACAUCUCUACCAAAAAGAGGGAGGCAUUUUUCCUUCUUCUUUAGUAUCAAAAUGAAUGUAACUUUAAAAUCUGUAAUUGGCAUUUGUUUUUAAUUGACACUGGACUCAAUGUCCAUUUUGUUCUCUGGUUUUAUAUUCUUUACUCUGUAUGAGUUCAUGGAAACCGUUUGAUGUUAUUCAAAAUUCCUCCUAAUCAUUGUUUCUUGUGGUACAAUAAAAUAUUCUUAAAUACCUUUAA